GAGCAACAUGGCUGCAGCCGCCGCCGCCUGCCCACCCGUGAAGAUUGGAAUUAUCGGAGGGACCGGUCUGGAUGACCCGGACAUAUUAGAAGGACGAACAGAAAAAUACGUCGAUACGCCUUAUGGAAAGCCAUCAGAUGCUCUGAUUUUGGGGAAGAUAAAAAAUGUUGACUGUGUGCUUCUAGCCAGGCAUGGAAGACAUCACACCAUCAGUCCGACACAUGUCAAUUACCGUGCCAAUCUGUGGGCUCUGAAGGAAGAGGGCUGCACUCAUCUGCUGGUGACUACAGCCUGUGGUUCUCUGAGAGAAGAGAUUCAGCCUGGAGACGUUGUCAUAAUAGACCAGUUCAUAGACAGGACCACCAAAAGGCACCUCACCUUUUAUGAUGGGAGCUGUCCCGGCCUCCCGGGAGUCUGCCACAUCCCUAUGGCAGAACCUUUCUGCGCCAAAACUAGAGAGGUCCUUAUGGAUGUUGCCAAGAAGCUUGGCAUCAAGUGUCACUCCAAAGGGACCAUGGUCUCCAUCGAAGGGCCGCGUUUCAGUUCCCGAGCCGAGAGCCUCAUGUUUCGCAGCUGGGGAGGCGAUGUCAUCAACAUGACCACGGUCCCCGAAGUGGUUCUUGCCAAGGAAGCUGGUCUCUGCUAUGCAAGCAUUGCUAUGGCCACAGACUACGACUGCUGGAAGGAACACGAAGAAACCGUUUCAGUGGAUAAAGUGAUGAAGACAUUGAAAGAAAACGCCAAUAAGGCAACCAGCUUGCUGCUGACUACAAUACCCCAGAUCGGUUCCAUGGACUGGGCAGAAACCCAGCAGAACUUGAAAAAUACUCUGCAGCUGUCGGUUAUGCUGCCAAAACAUUAAAGGCAUGGCCAGAUGCUGCUCUGAAGCUGGUUCGAGAAGAUGCAUCUUUUGAGAACAUGACAACGCCCUAAAAUUAUAUGGUUAAAAUACGCGGCAUUUUCAUUCUAUCUGCUAAUACUUUUCGUUUCGGCACAAAAUGUGUAGAGGUUAAGGAGUGGAACAUGCCCACCAGACUGGGAAUUAAAUUAAUUGUGGGAACUGACAACCACCCAAUAGGAAUUAUUAGCAAACAUUUAAUAAUCUUGUUUAUAGACACGGAACAAGAAAAUAAGAUGUCGUGGUAUGCAGUUCCGACAAGUUAUUGACUCAUCACCCAUCUCACAAGAUGUCAAGGCAAAGGCAAGGUGACAGCAUAUACUCUUUAACUACUCCAAAUAGGAAA